AAUAGUGAGGACAGAGAUGGGAGAGGCUGCGCGUUCACGACUCCCUUUCUCGCUCCGUCGCGUCGGGAGCGCGCAAUGAAUCCCACACUGGCUGGAGAGGAAAAAAGCGCCGGCGGACUGCAACAGCGACUCAUCGGGAAAAAAAUGUCCCCUCCACCGCCCUUCAUCAACGCUGAUUUCUGCAAGAGUGAUGUGAAAGGAUCCGCUGCGAAUAAGGACUCGAGUUUUUUGGACCAUUGAACUUGUUUAAUCGGAUCGUACACUACAGGAAGUGAUUGAAAACACACAGGGAUUGAAGUUCACAUAGGACAGGUGCAAAAAAAAAUGGCGAGACGGCUCCUGCAGCUCCUUGCCUUGUGGACGGCUGUGGUCGGCAAUGUGCAGUGCUGCCCAGAGCUCUGCAGCUGCCAGGAUAAAUUUGCCCACCAGUUUGCUGACUGUGCUUACAAAGAGCUGCUGGAGGUACCCUUGGGUCUCCCCUCCAAUGUUACCACCGUGAGCCUUUCUGCCAACAAGAUUAAAUUACUGAAAAGUAAAAGCUUUAUCAAUAUCACACAAGUCACCUCUCUCUGGCUGGCCCACAAUGAGAUUGUUACCAUAGAAACGGACACCUUGGCCCCCUUGAUCCAGCUCCGCAACCUGGACAUCAGCUUCAACAAAAUUGUGAACUUUCCCUGGGAGGAUCUGCACAACCUCACAGCCCUGCAGCUUCUGAAAAUAAACAACAAUGAGAUGGUGAACCUUCCAAAAGACGCCUUUUCCACUCUCAAAGACCUACGGUCACUGCGGAUCAACCACAACAAGUUCACCGUCAUUGAGCAGGGGACAUUCAUUGCUCUCUCCUCCAUGUCUCACCUGCAGAUUUUUAACAACCCUUUCACAUGCUCCUGCAACCUGGAGUGGCUGAGGGAUUGGAUCACGACCACGAAGAUUUCUAUCCCCAAUCCAGCAUCAAUUACAUGCGAGGCCCCCGAACACCUAAAUGGCACGAUGGUUACGUUGAUUCCCAAGCUGGACUGUAUAGCCCCUACCGUCAAAAUAACCACAGAGCCCAACAUUGAGCACACAGAGAUCAACGAGGGAUUGAUGGUCAUCUUAAAUUGUGAGACAAAGGGGAGCCCCCCACCACAGAUCAGCUGGGAGGUGACUGCAGGAAAUCAGAAUUUUCUGUUCCCCGUGCCCUCCACCGCAGAGACUAAUGACGUGCCAAUUAAUGAUAAAACCACCAACGGGCGAUUCCUCGCCUUUAGGAACGGCUCUCUCAUCAUCCCUCGGAUGAGUAAAAAGGAAGAUGGAAAUUACCGCUGCUCUGCGGGGAACGAUUUAGGCAGGGCUGAGAGCAGCGUUAAACUGGCUAUGGCGGUCACCCUAAAACAUGGCAAAGACCCGAAGCUCGAUUCUACACUGGACAAGAUCCGCCCAUCGGUUAAAAAGCCUGCAGAGCCCGGGAGCUCCAAAAACAACGUGAUCAACUGGACCACGCCCAACGGAAAGACAAAGGGAGGCCCCGAAGGUUCAUCAGACAAAAGUGCCGGCACGGGGCAGGUCGUAAAGGACCCCACCUUUGCAAGCAAGUGUGGCGUGAGGGAAAGCAGUGAAUACAUCUCGAACCACGCCUUCAACCUGAGCUUGGAUGACCUGAAGCAGUACACGUUCGAUUUCGGUGUCAUCGCCUUAGAAGUGUCAGAGACAGAGGCCAAAGUUCAGCUAAAUCCGCUGCAGCUUCCCAGCAGCAAAUCUAACCUUCAUGUGAGUCAGACUGAAAACCAGGACACAGUGAGUAAAGAUGCCUUUGGCCCGUACCAGUCCUCAUCCAGUAAAGCCACCUUGGACAUGCUCUACCUCUGUGUAAAUACAGGCAAUGGACACUCCAUGGUACAGUGGUCCAAUAUAGAGGAGGGGGUGAACGCCUACCGCUUCCAUGGUUUACAUCCCGGCACCAAUUACACACUUUGUCUCACCUAUGGGGGGCAGGACUGCCAAGUCCAAGUGGUCUUCACGACCAGGAAGAAGAUCCCCUCCCUGCUUAUCAUUGUGGUUGUUAGCAUUUUCCUACUGGGUCUGGCCACCGUCCCCUUAUUUGGGGCCACUUGCUGUCAUUUGUUAUACAAGUACCAAGGAAAGACCUACAAGCUGAUCAUGAAGGCUCAGAAUCCGGAUCAGAUGGAGAAACAGACGACAGGAGAUUUUGAUCCCAGGGCGUCCUUCGUGGAGUCGGAGAAGACCUUCGAGCCCAGCGAGAUAGGCGAGGGGGAGGGAGAGGGCGAUGGGGAGGAAGGGGAGGCGGACGGGAGCGUGGUGACAGAGUCCAUCCCCGGUUCCUCAUCCAAAACCAACCAGGAGGAGUUCGAAGUGGGCUCGGAGUACAGUGACCGAUUACCGCUGGGAGCGGAGGCGGUCAACAUCUCGGAGGAGAUCAACGGCAACUACAAGGAGCCAAGCCGCUGAGCUCCACGGACGUCCGCGACUCUGUAUCCUGCCAGAUGUUUUACUUUUAAGAAGCACACAUUCCAGCCGGUAAAUCACCCACCUCACCAUUACUUCACGUGAACACCGAUGGCUUCUCAUUCCAAAAAAAAGGUGGAUCUUUUGAAUUGUUUUUACCUCAGAAAGUAGUCCGCGAAUCACUAGAAAGUGUGAAUUACAUCAUGUGACAUUUUUAGUGAACUGUAAGUUUAAAUUAGGAAACGCAAGUUUACAAUGCAAAGCACAGACUUAUGCAGUUUGUAAGACCUCAAAACUGACAUGAAAAUCAGCUAAAUGUUCCCUUUCUGCGCGGUUUGGGCGCAGAUUGUGCAAACGGCGGCGCGCAGAAUUCAACGGAGUUUUACAAAACGGCGUUCAAACGUAUUAACCGUUUUAAAUAACACAAACAACAAGUGCCAUAUUUUCUAAAGAGAUUGCAAAUACAGUGACAUCAGGGAUCUCUCACUGACAUGUUGCCACCGUAUCGGCACCGCGGCUCCGCGCGUCCGCGCGCACAUUCGGGUGGUGAUAUUUGAUCAAGGGAUGCACAUAUUUGGUUUUUGGUGCUGACUUGCUCGCCGUCCUGUGAGACCAAAUAAAAAAAAGAAGCGACAUUGUGUUUGUGCUCGACGGGACAUCCCGGCUAAUUUACCCGCAAAAUGUUGUUCCGCGUAAUGUAAGGCUUUAAAAAUUGUGCGACUUUAAAGCUCUUUUAAUUAACGGCUGCUUGCUUACUCACGCUUUCUACAUGCGACGUGUCCAUGGCAUGCCACGUAGCCUAUUGCCGUGUGUGGUUUGUAUUAGUGUAGACUAGAGGACUUUAGAUGUUGCUGUCGACCUGUGAUGUAAAGCCAUGUCAAUUGAAAUGUUAUUUACAUUUUUUUUACGAGGGUCAGUUUCUAUGAAGCCUCACCUAAAGGUGUGUGUUGUAUUUGGAGUUUUUGUGAACUGUUGUAAAACCAAACGAAAAAACAAGACCCGUAACCUUUUAAGAUUUUUUUAUAUCUUAUGUAAGUGGAAUUAAUAAAACAUGAAACUCUA